GCGGCGGCGGCAGCGGGCAGAAGCUAGGCGCGCGGCCCGGAGCGCGCCAACGCGGUCCCCGCCAGAGCCGCGGCGUCCGUCCGUGCGCCCCUCACCCCUCUCCCCGAGCCCGAUCCCGCCGGCCGCAGGAUGGGCGCGCGCGCCUCGGGCGGGCCCCGGGCCCGGGCUGGGCUCCUGCUGCUGCUGCUGCUGCUCGGGCUGCUGGCCCCCGGCGCGCGGGGGGCGAGGGGCCGCGGCGGCACGGAGAAGAACAGCUACCGCCGCACGGUCAACACCUUCUCGCAGAGCGUCAGCAGCCUAUUCGGCGAGGACAACGUGCGCGCGGCUCAGAAGUUCCUGACCAGGCUGACCGAGAGGUUCGUGCUGGGAGUGGACAUGUGUGUGGAGACGCUGUGGAAAGUCUGGACCGAGCUCCUGGACGUUCUUGGCCUUGAUGUCUCGAACCUGUCCCAGUAUUUCAGCCCAGCCUCCGUGGCCAACAGCCCGGCCCGGGCCCUCCUGCUGGUCGGCGUCGUCCUCCUGGCCUACUGGUUCUUGUCUCUGACCCUGGGCUUCACCUUCAGCGUCCUGCACAUGGUGUUCGGCCGCUUCUUCUGGGUCGUGCGGGUCAUCCUGUUUUCCAUGUCGUGCGUGUACAUCCUGCACAAGUACGAGGGCGAGCCGGAGAACGCCGUGCUGCCGCUCUGCUUCGUGGUGGCCGUCUACUUCAUGACCGGGCCCAUGGGCUUCUACUGGCGCAGCAGCCCGAGCGGCCCCAGCGUGGAGGAGAAACUGGAGCAUCUGGAAAACCAGGUCCGGCUGCUCAACAUCCGCCUCAACAGAGUGUUGGAGACUCUGGACCGCUCCAACGGCAAGUGACAAUCAGCCAGCCGGCCGCGUCCCAUCGUGCCAGCGCCCUCUCUCAGAAAGCAAAAAAGAAGAAGAAAAAAAAGAACACCAAACCCUAAACAAUCUUAAUAAACAUACCUGAGCAAGAGGGAGGCGCUCUGUGAGGGUAUUUCCGGCCACAUGUCGACUCCCAGGAUGCGUUCCAAGAGGAGUGACGAGAGCGUUUAUGUAGAACUACCCGCCAAGUGUCAUUAGUGGAGAAGAUAUUUUUUAAACAAAGGUUAUAAACCAUAUAAGCUGUACAGUCAGAGAAGUUUAUCUGUGCAUAGAGCAUAAAAGUUAAUUUUUUCAAGCAUUUAAAUACAUCUUUUGUAAGGUUUUUUAAUAAAGGCAGAUCGAGUCAAGUUUAUUAAAACUUCACAUUGAGGGGAAGAACCGUGCUAAUUCGACGUUUUAGGGAAGUUUCCAUGCUGGCGUUUGUUUUCGCGGCAUAGGGAUUGGUGGGUGAGGUCUGUGUGCGUUAUUUUCAUUUUCCAAAACUGUGAGCUUCAUUUCAGCUUCCUUUUGGUGGAUGUCGACUUAGCUGAGUGUUGUCGCUUGUGAAUGUGGACGGUUGUGCCUCGAGGAUAAACCUAAGCAUCCUUUGGACCCUAGCGAUCCCAGCCAAGCCCCCAUCAAUUAUAUUAUUAGAUGAAGAAAUCAUUAUUUGUAGAAAACCUGAUAUUUUUUUCCCCUUCUGUACUUUGAUGUUUUAACCUCAACAUCUUGUAGAGGAAAGUUCAAGGACCUGGCAAAUGUCUUUGGGGUUUGAAGCCAAGAGCUGUACUGGCUGAGCAUCGAGGCUCGCUCGGGAAUCAUUUGAUGUCCUCGUUCUGCCGUUUGCCAGCUAGGCUGCUAUAGGAAGGAUCUGCUCUCGAGGGUUUUUUGUGUGUUUCAUUUGGUUUUCGGUUGACUCAGGACCUUAGAAGGAAAACACACCGUAGCAGCUAAUAAUAUUUUCAAGUCUGUUGCUGCUUAUAAAGCAUUCUCAGGAACCAUAAGCAGGAAUCAACAAGCUUUGGAGAAAAUCUGGAUUGUUUUUCCUCAAAUUUUUACAAUACACGUGUGAGUUGCUUUUUGUCUGAAGACUGUGGUGUCCUUGUCUUCCGUGGUCUCUCGGGGCAGAGGAGAGGUACGUGCAGGGCAGACAGCUGUGGGCUCCUGGUUGGGGGAGCUUUGCCAGGCUUGGAUCUGGGGCUGGUGGAAAGCCCCCUUUUGGGAUUCCCCAAGUGUGUUGUUAUGCACCAGGAGCACAGGGCAAGGAGGAGAAGCCGCAGCUUUUGCACAACCCAGUUUUGCAGGCUGCCGGUUGAGGCUGUCUCGAGUCCUUUGCUGCCCCUGGACGUGCCCUGGCCAGCCCCUCAGAGCCCCUGUACGCUGAUUUCCAGAGACCCCGCCAGAUUGGGUAGAACCAACACCUUAGGGUCCACGUAUCGUUUUGGAGAAAACUCAGCUGUCUGCCCACUUCUCUGCAGUGUUUCUGUGAACUUUUAUUUUUGGUUGCAAGUAUCUGGAAAACAAAAGCAGAUGUUUCUGAGGAUGUGUGAGACUUCUAUUUUUAAGGUGCACGUAAUGGGACCCAAACUCUCCUGUGUUUGUUUCACCUCCUGAAAUGCAUACGUGUUCUCCAGGAUGUGCUUGGGGAAAUCUUUAUCCAAGGGCAUCUGAGCCCUGUGCUUUCUGGGUUGGAACCGUUCCGGUUUUGUCAUCGAGAUACUUAUAGAUGAAGCCAUUUUAGCACAGGGUCUAAAUAAGUCCAAGGAGGUCGUCUUUGCCCUCCUUCCUUUUGCUCAUUUGGCUUUUGUGUGUUUGGCACGUGUAAGGUACUAAAACCUUGCUUUGCGGACGUUGGCCAGGGGAAAGUUGCCGUUCUCCGCACAAAGCUUUUAAAUGUUAAACCAUCAGUGUGGUCUGGGCUUACUGUCCACUCCCUUCCCCUCUUCCCUCACCCGCGAAACUCGAAGGGCACGGUGCUCUCCUGAGAUCUAGACAGGAAACCACGUUAACGGCAGUCACUCGAGGGAGCAGGUGUGUAUCUGGGCGCUGGUGGGUUGAGACCACAAGCACCAACUGAAAACUGCUGUUGAGAAUACGCACCAUUUUACCGAAUUCGCGAAGUGUGGGCUCUGGAGCCAAUUUUACAGUUUGCUACACUCAAGUGAAAAAUGUCCUGAUUUUUCGUGAAAGAACCUACGGUUAAUUAGGAGUUUCACUUCAGGGGAGAACAUUAUUUGAAAUUCUGGUAGAAAUCCUAGAUGGAAGGUCUGAAUAACUUGCUUUUUAAUGCAUAAAUUUGACUUUUGUUCAGGCAUAUUCUUAACCCUGAAUAGUUGGGCAUUUUUUUUUUCUCCAUUCUGUGGAAGGGCACGUGGCCUCCCCCGCCUGCCCCAUCUCUUUCUUUUUUCUCUCUUUUGUACGUGGAAAAAUGUAUUUUUGUACCAUAUCUCAUACCUUGAAGAGAAACCUUUUUUGUAUCUUCAGGGCUGUAGAGUAUCUUAGUGCAACUUUUCCUUCAAUGUGACAUAAAAACACCCUGACGGAAACUGCUGUGGGUCUGUGAUAACGGCGUUUCUUAGCUUAAAGUUGGUCAGUGUUAAUUUCCCACACUUCAGUAUCACGGUCAAUCCUAAGAACUGAAAAUGGUCCAGAAAAGAAAAAGGACCAACUCUCUCUAAACUGCUGGAUCUGUGUGGCUCUUUUGGAGCCGAUGUUUAGAGUGACCUCUUCCUGGACAUGCUAGCAAAGAUGCUUUCGUGGUGCAUAACCCGUCCAUAUGUAUGUUUUCCAAUACCAGUGAGCAUUUCCUGCCUUCUGGGGGUUUUUUUGCUUCACGUUUCAGUGACACCCCAUAUCUUUUCUGGGAACAAAGUGCAGCCACAGAAUUUCUGCAAAGCUGCUUUGUGCCUGUGGGGUCUUAAACUUCUAAAGGUGACUGAGUGACAGCACGGAGAGGUUAAAGCCAUUGGAAGAAGGUUUUUAAUGCAGUUCCACAAAGAUGACAGACACAGCGUGCCACGCAGGGCCACACGAAGCCUGUCCCACGCAGGGUCAGGAAGCAGAGAGGGGACCUGGGACUAUGAUUUGUGAGUGGUGGUGGGCAGGGACUGGGUUGGGACAUCCCCUACUGGGUGCUAAGUAAACGUGCAGGUCCAUCCAGGUCAGUGGUUGGGAAGAUUAUAAGGUGACUUCUGCACAUGCACAGGGGUGGCUUGUGGGGCAGAUGUAAAUUUCCCACUUUGGUCUUGAGUGUGGCCUGGGGUUGAGCGGUCAUGGAGAGGUUAGGGAGGAUGUGUCGGAUUCCAAAGCAGAAUCUAAAACAUGGUCCAUCCGCCUCGUCCCUAGUGGGAAGCCUGAAUUGCGGCGUUUCCGCCCGCUGCUUAAGAUGCUUUGGAUGAAGGCCGCCUGCCUGACAGGUUGGCACCUGCUGACUUCUCCCUGGUGGGUUUUGCACUGGCUGACUUAACCAAAGAGCCAGCUCUCGACAUCUAGUUAGCUCGGUUAAAAGGAGUUCUAAGGCCCUAAGGUGUCAAUCCCCUCUCCCACCUUUUUUUAAAAAUAAUACAUCACCAUUCGGCAAAGUUUUUGUUUAUGGCCAUUUGAGUCAUGGGACUUUGCUCCUCGCUUGUGAAUAACAGAAUUAUAUAUUUUUGGCAGGACCUAACACAGUACCCUUAACAUUAAUAUUGGACACCCAUCAGUAUGAUGUAUAGGACCUGGAAUAAACCAGCUUUGUUCAGCACACUGAAUUCUGCGCUUUGCUCAUCAACGAUUCCUUGGUGUGUCGGAGGUGCCCCAGGACCAGUUUUUCCCUUGUGGUGGCACCAAAAGCUGAUCAUCAUUUGCAUCGUCUACUGAAAACCUGUGGCAGCUAGUGGCGUUAUUGACCAUAUGUUCUGAUAUCUUUCUGCAGAUUUAAAGGUUUUAUUGUAGUGUCAAUUUAAUAUCCGCAUGUGUGUUAAAUCUCUGAAUACCGUGUAAUUAAAUUGAUUUCUUGUCAUGGUGAUGGUGAUUCGUGCGCACUUAAAAUCCAGCGAAGCAAUUAUUUCCCCCCUCUUAACUGGAAGUCAUGUGUGAGGUAUGGUAGCCUUAUCAACGCUGUAUUCACGAUUCAAUUCAUAUUUUGUGUAUCUGGUUAUAAAUUUUAUAUAGCAUUUAAUUUGACACUUAAUAUAAACCCAUUUGAUUUAAAUAUAGUGGUGUGUGUGUGUAUGUGGUGUGUGUACUCUUCAGUCCCAGGAGCCUUGGGAAAAUGAUUGUACAAAUAUCAUAUAUAGACAAAAAUGUAUAAGGCUUAUUUUUUUUGAAAAGCAGUACAUUCAUUUCUCUUAUUUAUUAAAUCACUGGCUUUGGUGUUACGUAGAGAUAUUUGUAGACUGAUUUCAGAACAGAAUUAAAAUAUUGUGAAAAUUA